GGUCUUGCCAUUUCCUGCCAUUCAGUUAUAAGCCAGGUGUCUAGCACACCGAUGGUGAUUACAUCAGGUUCCUGGUUCCAGAGAAUUUGCCAAAUCAACAUUGAUGACAAAGUCUGAGCAUUAUUUAAAUGUUCUUUUCCACCCGUGUAAAGGCAGGCCUUCGGAAAGGAUGUUCAAUUCUCCUUACCUGGAGUAAGGAGAUAUGCAACCAUUUCUGGUAUUGCUGUAAGACUGCACAGAACACUAAUCAGUUCGGUGAUAUGUGGACAGGUCUUCUCCACCAUGUUCAAGGAGAGCAUGAGUGGGCACUAUCUUGCUGUGAACAUGGCCCCUUAUCGGCCAACAGGGAGAAGGAGUGGAUCCAGAGUGAUUCUGAGGCCUUUCAGUUACUGUCAGAAAUAGUGCUGGAUGAGCACUGGCUGAAGAAUGUGGAGAAGUUCCUGAGUUUCAGGUCAACCGCUGAGCUGGAAUCCUUCCAUAAUCAUAUACUGAUGUAUGUCAGCAAGCGAUUCAGCUUUAGCCCACCUGUUUACAAGGCUCGCACCCUCUUAGCAGCGUUGGACUAUAACCAUCAUGUUCACAGACCGGUGAAGAGGAAGGCUGAUGGCUCAAUAGAGUACUGCAAGCUCUACAAUAAAAAGUCAAAGACUUGGAGUCUAUACACAGUGAAGGUGGAGAAGGACUACGGAUACAUGGCAGACCUGCAGAGUGCUAUCCUAGAAGCCCGGCUGAUAUCAGACAAGGGUUUGCCAAAGACCAGAAAAAAAAGGCCUAAUGACCCACGGCAAUAUGGGGUUCUUGCAAGCAUCCCACCUCCCACCACCCAGGACCUGUUGCAAACCCAAUUCCACAGAGGAGUAGGGCAAGGAAUGCAGUAAGAGACCUAGAAGAGAUUGGAGGUCCCAUACCAACUAAACUGGAGCUGACUGUAGGCUGCUGGGGGCUGUUUGGAACAGUAUUACGCUGCUCACUUUUUGAUUUUUGAUAUUUGUAAAUAUUCGAUUUAUUAGGUCUAAAUGUCCUUCACAGUUUUGUAUUAUUUACACUUGGUUCUUACAAAAUAUAUGAAAAAAAAAUAGGAUUUUGUAUAUCGUUUUUUAUGAUCAAUUUGUUUAUAAUUGACAUAUUUUCAAUGCAGUUGCACGAUUGUUCUGCUAAAAAGGCAUUUUGUUAUGUAGUGCUUUUAUACUUAUUUAGAAUUUGCACUUGUGCUGCAUGUAGUCAUCGAAGGCCAGGGUGUUCCUGUGUGUGUGAGUUAUUAUCUUAUUGUUUUAUUGUUUAAUAAAAAAGCUUUUUACCGCACCUGCCCUCAUCCUUUAUCCAGCAUUACACCUGCUGA